UCGUGCGGUCAAGUUCAGUACUAAGUAGGCCUUGCAUAUAAAUUGACAAAAGAAAAGGAAAAUUUUCCCUAAUAAUAACUGCAAGCAUGGACAUCCAGCAGAAAACUAUGAAGUCACCUUCGAAGGAUUCAUCUGAUUCCCCUGAUAAAAAGCGCAAGUCCUUAAAAAUCGCGCCCUUAUUAAAACCAGUUGCCCUUAGUAUUUCAAACAGUUAUGGAUUGGAUUGGUAUUUGAUCAACGUGGAAAACAACAUGCCCCGAAAAAAGAGGAGGUACUUCAUCGACCUAUCGUUCUUCUCCGAUGAACUGCAUAAGUUCAUCCCGCACUCCCUGCACCUUCUAAAGUACCCAAACUGGAGCGCCAUCUUCCUGGCCACAACGCCUCGUAGCUUCAUGAACUAUCAAGCCCACUUCCCGAUGAAACCCAUCCUGACAUUCACACCCAUGAUCAAGACGGCUUCGAAACUGGAAUCUUGGAAGAUGAAGAUAAGACCCGGACAUCUGCCCGUGAUAAACAAUUCUAGGCCAUCAGUAAUACGUCGGCGUCGCAAAUAAAUUGACAAAAGGAAAGGAAAUUUUUACU